CCGUAAAUCGUCUGUUUACUUUGCGUUUGCGUCCGCCGACGUGCUGGUUGCCGGUAGGACGGGGCAGGGCCAGCCUAUGCAGAUUUAGGACGGUGUGUGUGUGUGUGCGUGUGCGUGUGUGUGUGUGUGUGCGUGUGUGUGUGUGUCUGGGAUUCUGGGAACGCACCAGUAAUCGCGGAAUUGAAAACCCAAAUGGAUCCCAACCGCAUAAUCCAAGCGCUGAAAGGGACGAUUGAUCCCAACCUGCGGAUAGCGGCUGAAAAUGAGCUCAAUCAGUCCUACAAGAUCAUCAACUUCGCUCCCACGCUUCUCCAGAUCAUCGUGUCGGAGCAGGUGGACUUCCCCGUUCGCCAGGCAGCUGCCAUUUACUUAAAGAACAUGGUGAGCCAGUACUGGCAGGACAGGGAGCCUUCCCUGGGGGAGGUGGUGUUUCCCUUCAACAUUCACGAGAACGACCGGCAGCAAAUCAGAGACCACAUCGUGGAGGGGAUCAUCCAAUGUCCCGAGUCCAUACGGGCCCAGCUGACGAUGUGCCUGCGAGCAAUCAUCAAGCACGACUUCCCUGGACGCUGGACUGCCAUCGUGGACAAGAUCGGUAUAUAUCUGCAGUCCCAGAGCAGUGGGAGCUGGUACGGCAGCCUGCUGGCGCUCUACCAACUGGUCAAGACAUACGAGUAUAAGAAGGCAGAUGAGAGGGAACCACUGCUGGCCGCCAUGCAGAUCUUUCUGCCUCGCAUCCAGACGCUCAUCACACAACUGCUAGCUGACGGCACUAUUUUCUCUGUGCUCAUCCAGAAACAGAUCCUCAAGAUCUUCCACGCCCUUGUACAGUACUCUUUGCCCCUCCAGCUGAUCAAUAACACCGUGAUGACCCAGUGGAUGGAGAUCCUCAGAGCCGUGAUGGACCGCGAUGUUCCUCCCGAGACACUGGAGGUUGAUGAGGAUGACCGUCCUGAGUUGGUUUGGUGGAAGUGUAAGAAGUGGGCGUUGCACAUCAUCACCAGGCUGUUUGAGAGGUAUGGCAGCCCGGGCAACGUGACCAAGGAGUACUUUGAGUUUGCCGACUUUUUCCUGAGGACAUACGCGGUGGGCAUCGAGCAGGUGCUGCUUAAGGUGGUGGACCAGCACAGACAGAAGUAUUACGUCACGCCACACGUCCUGCAGCAGUCCCUCAACUACCUCAACCAGGGCCUGUCCCACUCGCUCACCUGGAAACAGAUGAAACCGCACAUGCAGACCAUAUGCCAGGAGGUGAUCUUUCCUCUCAUGUGUUACAAGGACGAGGAUGAGAAGCUCUGGCAGGAGGACCCCUACGAGUACAUCCGCAUGAAGUUCAACAUCUAUGACGACCACGCCCUACCUGCCACCGCCGCUCAGAGCCUCCUGUGUAAAGCCGCCCGCAAGAGGAAGGAGGUUCUUCCUCAGAUGAUGGAAUUCUGCCACCAGAUCCUGAUGGAUCCCUCUGCUGACCCGCGCAGGAAGGACGGGGCACUGCACUGCAUCGGCGCUUUGGCUGAGCUCUUACUAAAGAAGCGGAUGUACAGGGAACAGAUGGAGCUGAUUCUGCAGAACUACGUGUUUCCUUUGCUCAACUCCCCUCUGGGAUACCUUCGAGCCAGGUCCUGCUGGGUGCUGCACUGCUUUAGUCCCCUGAGGUUUCACGAUGAGCUGGUGCUGAGGAACGCCGUGGAGCUGGUCAAACAGGACCUGAUAGCUGACAAGGAGAUGCCCGUCAAAGUGGAGGCCGCCAUCGCUCUGCAGACGCUGAUCAGCAACCAGGACCAAGCCAAGGUGUACAUCAGGCCCUACAUUCGGCCGGUGAUGCAGGAGCUGCUCCACGUCGUCAAGGAGACCGAAAACGACGACCUGACCAACGUCAUUCAGAAAAUGAUCUGCGAGUACAACCAGGAAGUGGCUGCCAUUGCUGUGGACAUGACCCAAAACCUGGCUGAGAUCUUCACCAAGGUCCUGCAGAGUGAGGAGUAUGAGGAGAGUGAGGACAAGACCGUCAUGGCCUUGGGGAUCCUCAGCACCAUCGACACCAUCCUCACUGUCAUGGAGGACCACAAGGAGAUUACCCAGCAGCUGGAGGGGAUCUGUCUGCAGGUCAUCGGCCUCGUCUUGCAGAAGCCCAUCAUAGGUAUGGCAGAGUUCUACGAGGAGAUCCUGUCCCUGGCGUUUGGCCUGACCUGCCAGACCAUCUCCCCCCAGAUGUGGCAGCUGCUGGGGGUCCUCUACGAGGUGUUCCAGCAUGACUGUUUUGACUACUUCACAGAUAUGAUGCCUCUUUUGCACAACUACGUUACGGUGGAUACGGACAUGCUCUUGUCGAACCCCAAACACUUGGAGGUCAUCUACACCAUGUGCAAGAAGGUCUUGACCAGCGAUGCCGGCGAGGACGCGGAGUGCCACGCUGCCAAGCUGCUGGAGGUCAUCGUCCUGCAGUGCCGGGGGAGAGGCAUCGACCAGUGCAUCCCUCUGUUUGUGGAGGCGGUGUUGGAGCGACUGACCCGGGGGGUGAAGUCCAGCGAGCUGAGGACCAUGUGCCUGCAGGUGGCCAUCGCUGCCCUCUACUACAACCCGGCCUUGCUCAUGCACACGCUAGACAACAUGCACUUUCCGCACAACCCUCAGCCAAUCACGGCUCACUUCAUCAACCAAUGGAUGAACGACACGGAGUUCUUCCUCGGACUCCAUGACCGCAAGAUGUGCAUUAUUGGCCUGAGCGUGCUGAUGGAGCUGCCCAGCCGGCCGGCGGUGGUGGAGGGGGUCGCCGCUCAGAUUGUUCCCUCCAUCCUGCUCCUCUUCCUGGGGCUCAAACACCUGUACGCCUCCCGCCUCCUCAACAAGCCGGACCUGCUGGCCCGUGCCGGGGCUCAGGACGAGGAUCAGAACGAGGAGAUCCCCAGCGAUGAAGAUGAGGUGAACGAGAACCGCGGCGUCAUGCAGCAGCAGUCCAGCGCACUGGCGGGCCAGGGGAAUGAGGAUGAGGAUGAUGAAGAUGAAGACGAUUACUGGGACGAGGAGGGCUUCGAGGGGACGCCCCUUGAGGAGUACAGCACGCCUCUGGACUACGACAACGGCGAGGACGAGUAUCAGUUCUUCACUGCUGCCCUGCUCAGGGUCCAGAACACAGAUGCAGGCUGGUACCAGUCAUUGACGGCUCCCCUCAGCGAUGACCAGAAAAAGCAGCUUCAGGAGAUCUACAGCCUCUCCCAGCAGAGGAGGAGCACUGCUGCCAAGGGCCAGUGAGUGGCCAGGAGCUGGCGGCAGGGGGCAGUGCGACAGAGGGAGGAGGAUGAGGAAGAGAGGAGGGAUGGUCUGAGCUGAUCUGAACCAAUGAGGACCGCUUCAGUCCGGAGCAGAUCGGCGCAGACUCGACGGCUCAAGACACGACCGGGUUUUUCGGCGUACCAUCAGAUGUGGACUGAGCAGCAGGGACUAACACUGUACAUAACCACAGCCCCCGCCGGACUUUUCCUACCACCGGGACCGGACUGUGUGUGUGUGUGUGUGUGUGUGUGUGUGUGUGUGUGUGUGGGUUUAUAUUUGUCUUUCUCUCUGUUUUAGAUGUAUGUGUGCGCUUAUGGUGAGGGAAGGA